ACAAAGUAUCUAUUUGCAAUUACAUACCUAUUUAUUUCAAUUUCAUAAAUAACUUAUUAAUUAUUUCUCUUGAUAUAACUGUAGUGAUAGUCCAUUUUGUUUUCAGUUUAUUGUUGUUUGGAUUGCUUUAUACAUCAAAAUGAUUUUGUAUCUGCCUAAAACAUGAUAGCAUUAUAUUUUAACUUCAAAAUGUUAUCUAUAAAAUGUUAAGUGACUUAAUUAUAGAAUAAAUGUGAAUUUGAUUUUAUCAAGUCCAAGAAUACGUUAUGCCGGAACAAAGUAAUGAUUAUCGUGUCGUAGUUUUUGGAGCUGGUGGCGUGGGUAAAAGCUCCCUUGUUCUUCGUUUCGUAAAAGGCACUUUUAGAGAAUCAUACAUUCCAACGAUCGAAGAUACAUACAGACAAGUAAUAAGUAGCAACAAAACAAUAUGUACACUACAAAUUACCGACACAACAGGAUCUCAUCAAUUUCCAGCAAUGCAAAGACUGUCAAUAAGCAAGGGCCAUGCUUUUAUAUUGGUAUAUUCUGUCAGUAGUAGACAGUCUUUAGAAGAGUUAAAACCCAUAUGGCAGACGAUAAAGGAAAUAAAAGGUGCAGAUUUGCCAAAUAUACCAGUAAUGUUAGCAGGUAACAAAUGUGAUGAAAGUCCCGAAAUCAGAGAGGUAUCUGCGACAGAGGGCCAGGGACAAGCACAGGCAUGGGGGGUAUCAUUUAUGGAAACAUCAGCGAAAACAAACCACAAUGUUACACAAUUAUUCCAGGAACUUUUAAAUAUGGAGAAAAACAGAAAUGUCUCUCUUCAAGUAGAUGGCAAAGGUAAGAAAAAGAAAGACAAAGUGGUGAAGGAUGGUGGUGAAGCGUCAGCCAGUGGGAGAGAAAAAUGUCUUGUUAUGUAAUAUGGUACUAAUUAGUUGUGUGAGUUACCUGCAAAUGUAAAUCCAAUACAAUCAUUUUGAUCUAGUCAUUAAAUGCAUCUCGUAAAUUAAAGCACCGAUAUAGGAUAAGUAUUUUAAUGCAUUUAAAUUAACGAAACUGUAGUACCUAAUAUUAUUAUGCCUUUUAAAUAACUUUAAUUUCCAUUACAAUGGAGCUUGAAAUCAUCAAAUUGCAUAUUUAGCUAUAUAUAUUAAAAUCUAAGUUAUUUACACUAGUUACGUAAUAAAUAAUGACUGACAAUGUAAUAGAGGUGAGGCAAUUCCAUAUAAUUGUUAGUGUGAAAAUACAACGAAAUAAAGUCAUUCGGUGACUAAGUGUUAAUCAAUUUUGUGGUAUUAAUAAAUCAACAAUUAUACAAGUUCAUUUAUUACUAGAUUGAUAAAUUUAAUAAUUAAAAAUAUGUAAUAUUUUACAUGUAUUUAUAAAUUAUUGAAUUUCUCAAAGUUAUUAAUGUUAUUUUGUAAUCUACAUUUUUGUUAGAAAUGACGUCAUGGUGGGAAAUAUUAAUUGUGCCAAAUUGUAGCCUUUGAAUUAUUAUGGUAGCUGAAAUUAGACAUGUCAAUGGCUAUCUCAAUGUAAAAAAACCGGUCAAGCGCGAGUCGGACAAAUCAACGAAAAAACACUGUUAAGAGAUUUCAAUUAUGUUAAUAUAAUCUAUAGGAAAUCGACGAUAGGAAUUAAUGUCAUUAUAAGUAGUGCAGUACCUGCCUACUUUAAAGUUACGGGUCCGCUUGCAAAGAAAUUGAUUAGAUAAAUUCUAUUUUUUUUUUGUGAAAGACUUCGUUUCUGAAUUCCUAACACCAACAAACAUACCGAUUUCCAAAAUCCGUAGUAAGGGAUUUUGGUACCCAAAAGAAACAGAUUAAUUAUAAUUUUAACCUUUGCUUUCAAUAUAUUUAGGAUCUCGAUAUGCAAAUGAUAAUCAUGGUGAUGUUUUGACUCGGACAGGGCUUAAUUCAUUAAAAUGUAUAUUAUUAUACAAACUCAUAUUUCAAUCGAUUGUAGGUACUUUUAAAUCGAACUAUAAUAUAUCUCGCGAUGACGUUAUACAUUUUUGUUGUGAUUUUCAAACACGUAUAUAUUAUACGAGUGACAUCGUAAAUAUUGUAAAUUAAUGUAGUCAUUAUUAUAAAGUAGUGGUCGCUAGUUAAAAUGCACUUUAUUUAAAUAAUAUCAUUCACGACAUAUCCAAUUAGAUUUGUCCAUAUAAUUAUAAUAUAAACUCUUAUCUAGUCUAUAUAACAUUAUUACGUCAUGUAUCUCAUAGUGAGGUAAUGUUAAUAAUUCGAGUUAUGGCGCCACUUAGUUCAUAUUAUAAGAAAUAGUUUGAGACAUUUAUUACGAAUAUCAACAAUAUUGUUUUCGUUAUAUGUAAUAUGUCUACACAAUAUCGUAAAGGACAUGGUAGACUGAGAAUGUUUAAACGAAUAAAAUGGCCUUAUUUUUAUUUGGUCAUAUCUAUUUUGGCGUAUUUAAUUUCCAGUUAUUGAAUAUUAGAGAAACUUUAUUUUGUAGUGUAUUAUAUUAACUUAUUUGCUUGUUAGCUGAAUUUGUAAUUAUAAUAAAAAUUGUUAAACACUGAACUGUUAUAGCUGGACCAAAGUUGUUUGAUGUUAAUUGAUGUAAAUUUACUGUGGUUAUAUUUUGUUUUGUGCCUGUUGUUAUACUUUUCUAACCUAUAUUAUUUUAGUCUAUAUCUAUUCGAAACUAUAUAUAAUUGAUUAUUUACUAACUGUGUAUUUGUACAGGCUUUUUAGAAAAACUACUACAGUCCUCUGAACUAGAUAUGUCAUUAACAGAAUAAAAGCAACUAUAAAUAAAAUAAUAUUUAUUGAUUAAAGGAAGACCAAGGCUUAACUAUGUACAUGUUGAAUUGAUAUAAAAAUACACUAAGCCACUGACAGGCUUUCACGAAUAACAACAGAUUAUUUGUAUUAUAUUUGACUACAACACUAAAUAUAAAGGCAACAAGACAUUAUAAAAUUAUGUUUACAAAUGCGCGAUAUAAUUUAUUUUUUAUGUAUUAUUAAUAAUUUAAUAUCUCACAAAAAUCUGUUUCUAUCUGUAAAUCAUGCAGCUAUGUAGUGUGAGUUACCACACAAGUUCAUAUUAUUGAUAUGUUUAAGCAUAAUAUACCAUGUCACAAGAGGGAUGUAGUGAUUUCUUUAAAGCCAGUAAACUCAAGGCCCACUGAUAUUACUUUAAUUUAAAUCACGACCAAAUUGUAUGGAAUCAGUUUGUUUGUUAACAUAUUUGGGAGUAUUACCACAACUUUAGUUGGCCCAGCAACAUAGUAGUUGUAUUUUUUUUUUUGUUAUUAAAUUUGCAAUAAAUUAUAUAUGAUAUUUUUUAUACAAUCCAAUGACUUUGAAACUAAGGUUUAUUUCAAUUAUUACAUACAUGUACAAUCCUGUGGCAAUUUCCUACAAUAAGAACUGUAACGGCAUACACGAAACUCUUUGAGCAAGGGUACAGGGUAGCGUUGCGAAUUUUCCAAGUGAUUAUUACUAUGAAAAUUCGUAAUACUGUUGUAUUGUACCUACUGAAGGAUCAUCAUAUUUUAAUAAAUUUAAAUUAUUUCCUAAUUAUAUCUUUUUAAAUAAGAAUGAACUUUAUUAUAAUCGCACUAAUUAUAUAACAGUUAUAUAUAAUGUAUCACAUAUUAGGGGGCCUUGAUCACUUCAAUUGUCAAAACUGUUUAUAAAAUAUUCAAAUUAUCUCUUGCUCUUUAACAUGUUGAAAUGGCGUGUCUUUCUAAUAAUUAAUUAUCCUUUGAUAUGGUGCCCAUUAUAUUACAUGGCAAUAAUAUAGUAGAUACUAGAUUUCAUCAUAGCGGUCGAAUGUUGUAGUUACCAUGAUAACUAAUAAUAGAAACGUUAAAGUUAUACAAUAUUAAAAUUUUGCUAUUGUUAAGUAAUGUUAAUAAUACCAAAAUUGCGCGGGUAAAAUAACAAAUGUAUUGUUUUGUCCAUAAUUUAUUGAAUAAGGUACUAUACAAGUCAUGUCCAGAAAAUAGAUGAAAAAUCUUAUAAGAGGUCCUUCCAAAAUGAAUGAAUACCUUAUGAUUAUACAUUAUUUAUGACCACAUAUAUAACGAUUCUUGUAUACAGUAGACUUCAGACAGUGUACUAAGAGAAAUCUGUUCUGGAUAUAUAUUGUUAACAGUAACUACAGCGCAUUCUGUGAUACUGCAAUAUUUCUCAUAAAUGUUUAAAGCAGAGUUUUCUAGAUCUACUAUAGCUACACUUUAACUACUGGUACAUACUACAUCUGUUUCACGACCCUAUCAUUUCUGUUUAAAACAGAGACAAUAGCGUCGUUCAAAAAUUGUCGUUUUCAUUAAUAUAUCAUAGACACGAAACUGCAGAAGUUAUAUAAUCCAAACGGGCGCAGUAGAAAUAGAAAUUUGCCUUUGUAUAGAAAACAUAUUAGAUAUAAUUAUUUUAUUGAUCCCCUACAGGGCUAAGAUUUCUUUAUACAAAAUGUCGUUAAUUUUAACUUAUUAACGUAUUAUUAUAAAUUUGAACCAGUGUUUCACCAUUUUUGAAAAAUCAUGGCGGAAGUUUUUUAAUUUUUACUAUAAUAAUUAAAUACUGCAAAAGUUGAUAGGUUGCGACGUCAUUCUGUUUGGAAGGAUCUCGAUGCUCAAUUGUAAUAAUUAGUUACUAUGAAACGGUUCAUAUAUUUUUCGUAAAGGUUAUUUUACGCCUCACUUUACUGAACUCUUGUGUAAAAUUGUUUAUUGAAUAAUGUGCUUUAGAGUCAAUCCGCUUUGCGAAUUUACUUCGUGUUCAUUAAGGUCGUGGUGAAAAUCGCGCAGUUAUACCAUUUUUAUUAUAUUCCCCACAUUCCUUGACUGCUGUUUAGAACGCAACGGUGUGUAGAAAUCAGAAAAUAUAAAUUCGCAAUUACCCCCAUAGUAUAUUUCUGGACUGCAUUGUACAGAAAUAUACUAUGGGUAAUUGCUAAACAGUAGAGAAGUUCAUAUAGAUCUCUAUAAAUAAUUUUGCACAUGAGUUCU